AUGAUCGAUACAGAUGGAUUCUGUGUCCCACAAUCCCCAAACUACCGCAAUAAUGGUAAAUUAAUAGCUUAAGCGUUUUUGUUGUUUUUUAGGCGGUUUCAUCGAAUCUUGAAAACUAAAUUGUUAUGACAAAGUUUAGGUACAUGAAUGCAAAGUUUGUUUUGCGUUAUCCUUAACAAAAAUUUGAAUAGAACAAAACCGGAAAACAAUUUUAGUUGUUUAGAGAUACUGGACAAUUUUCACUUUCAAAGUUUGUCGUUGACGGAUUCCAGAAUCGCAGAUGUUGUUAUGAACCCUAUUUGGGAGAACCUCUGUUGCUGGGCGAACAAAGGCUUCAUCAGAUUUAUAAACGCCAAAGAAUGCGUUAACAAUGUUUUGCACCAUAAAUUCUACAUGAAACAACAAGAAUUAGCUCAGAAUGGUAUUCCUGCAGAUCCAGUUUUCGGUUUCCUUUGCUUAACAGGAAUUAACCAGAAGGAGGCAAGUGUAAUACAUUAUAUUUAUAUUGUCUUUGUUUAGGAGGUCGACUACUGCAGAUUCGGAGUGAAGACGGGAAUCAUGUUUAAUGGUGAAAUCGGCGAUGCAAACGAAGGUACGCUAUUCUUAUCUCACUGUUAAUAUAAUGUUUAUGAAUUUGCAACACAUUAUUUUUAUAAUAAACAAGAGGUUCAGGUGUGUACCUCUCAAGAUUUGCUGAUGUUGUACAUCCUGGCUUUUACCUCAACGAUCAGCCAAUCAAGAUCUUAAUCUGCCGAGUGUUACUUGGCCAAACAAAGAAAAUCGCUCCAUUGUCCAACAAGGCCGGCUGGAGUAUGAUUCCGGACAAAACGAAGAAUUCACAUAUUUGCAACGAUCCGCCCUUAAGGCUAAGUGAACAGCCUCCUCACAUUCGAUUCAGACACUCACAGGUGGGUUAAACAGGCCUUUACUUAAUUUACAUUGAUUUUAACUCAAUUUUGCAACCUAUGGUAAAUAUUAUUUAAAAACUCGGUUAUACCCAAAUAAAUAAUUUUUGCAGUUUAUAUAAUAUGUUAUGUUAUCUUUUUAAAUCAUACACAAAAAAUUCCCGAGAAAUCUACGGCAGCGGUGGAAAUGUUUUUACUACUGUUUUGCCGUUAUUGUUUUUCGGUUUAUCGAGGUUUAAAAUUGGAGUUUUUUAUAUGUUAAAUUAAUGUGUUCGGUUUUAGAUGUUUGUCUACGAGUACGACGAAGCCGGAAGAGCGACUGUUGAUCGACCAUCAACAAUCCUACCUUUGGCAGUGGCGUCCAUCGAGAUAACAAUGCCUGGGUAAGUCGUUUUAAAAAAUCUUUGUUUAGUGUGUACUUUUAUGUAUGUUAUAUAAUAAAAUAUAUUUAACAACUUAGAUUUUACAAAAUUUUAUGUUCUUUCAGCCCAGACCUUUUGUCCAUUCCCGCGUUGAAAAACUACAAUUCAAUAGCCUGGAACGGCACACUACAGAUGCAAACACAGACGAUCAAGCACGUUACCCUACACUCACACUUUCAGCACUUGCUGUAUGUUGGACCUCCAACUGGAUUAGACAACUUCAAUGUGCCAUAUGUGUUUUCAUACUCGAAGAUUUUGGCAUAUAAGCCAUUGAAUACGUUGUUGAACGACGACAAGAUUGGCAUAUUGAUGAAGUGUCCAGAAGUCGUGUUGAGGAAUCAGGACAAAUCGGAAGUCUUUGUUCAGUACUAUGUCAUGAAGUGUGACGAAAGUGAACACUUCGAAGAUCUUUGUGUGCUGUUGAAGAGGGAAGGCGUGGUAAGUUGUGUUAUAGUAUUCUUUAGUAUUAUCUCUAUUAGUUUUAAUUGUGUUAGUGCUGUUAAUUAAUAAUAUUAACUGAAAAAUGAUUGUUCAGCUUGGCUACAAACGAUUGGGGAACGGAACUAGAAUUUUUCUGAUCCCAAGUGGUGGACUGAGUUUGAAGAUGGGACUUACAAACUACGAGAAUACUGUACUUCAUUGUCUGUUCUUCUCUGACCGGUCUUACGAGUAUCUGAACGAGAAGGUGAACAUCAUUGGACAUUACUUACCGUAAGAGUUUUUAAUGUUUUGUUAUUGAUUUUGGGUUAAAUAUUAGUUUUUGCUGUAUAUAUUUGCUUCUUUACAUAGUUAUGUUAUGUUAAAACAAUCUUUCAUUAUUUGUCAUUUGUUAUCUUAAAUUUUAGACAAUCGGACAAGGUGCCGCCUGAAAUGUUGCUUGACUUUGGCGACACGGAAGUGACAAAGCAUCUUUUCAGUGUUGAACCACAAGAAAUAACGGCAGAGAAGAAGAACAGCACGGUAAAGCGACCGAAUUCCGAAAGCCCUCUGAUUCCUGACGAUCCAAAACUUCCAGAAUUUCAGAAGCAGCCUGACCUUCAGAAGUUGUGUAACGUUCAUCCAGAACCGCCUAGAGUGCAUAACGGACUAUCUCGACCUAUAACAACAUCGAUUCGACUGCCUGACUUGACUAAGCCUCCGCCAACUUUUGUUCCGCCAGACUUGACUACCCCACCUCCAAAUUUGGCACAUCUACCCCCGAAUAUGAACAAUCAUUUGAUUAGGUCUCCAGUUAUGGCACAGCCUCCAACUAACAUGAACAAGCCCCCACCAAACAUGCUCACCUCUACCGUCCAGCCUCCACCAAAUCUAACGACCCUUUCUCCAAAUCUAACCACGCCUCCACCGGACUUCUCCAAGCCUCCCCCUAACAUAGGUCUUAAACCGGGAACAGCCCCGCAGCAUAUCGACAGAAAUGUAUUAUAUGCGUCAUCUUUGUGCAGAAAACGAAUGCCAGAGCCUUCUGUCGCAGCCCCUCCAUUACCUAAAGUCAGGAGAGACGAUCAGCCGCAGCAGAACAUUGACAAUGUCAUUCAGCAACUGAAGGACGAGGACAAACAAAGUCUUCUGAAGGACCCGAGGAUGAUGGCAUUGAAACAGAGAGAUCCGGAGCGGUUCGUGGAGGUGGUGAAGGAGAAGUGCAUGAUGUCAAGGGUUCAGAUGAAUCAGCUUCGAGCUCCACAAAAGAACGCCAGUGUGGGACUUGUACCAGCUAGAAGGCCUGGAGUGCCUACGCCUCAAACUAUUGUUUUGAAUGAUGACAAUGAUCGACCUAGUCAAUCUGCGAAAUCUAGUCAUACAAACAUACCAAAAGCUUCUGUAGCGCCUACUUCAUCUGCUACGACAAAGACAGAGGAUGUUACAAGUAUUGGGCAGCCGGUAAGCUAAGUUUAUAGUCAUCAGUUUAUAAAUACUGUUAGCAACUUCUAAUAACAUUAUGAAUAACAUAAAUGACUUCAGAUUCAGCCCAUGAAAAUGGACAAUUCCGCAUUGAGUGGUAUCUUGUGCGGUAAAUGGUUCUCCGGUGAUGAAGGUUCUUCAAGUAAUUCAGCUAAGCCUGGCACUUCACGGUCCCAGACUCCGAACCACAAAGAAGUUGUUGUUAUCAUGGAUCCUGAUCUCGUCAUUGGAAAUACACUGUAGGUUUUAAUAUUUUUUAGCAAUUUGUUCGACAAAAAAUGUAAAAAAUGUGUUGAAUGUGUUUUUAAAAGUUAAUAUUGAUUUGUUUUAAUUCUAUGUCAUGGUGAUUAGUGACUUGUUUUAGUAGCGUUGUGCAAUUAAACGAUCUGCUACACGCUGCUACAGAACGAAACUCUCAAUCACCGAUUAAAAUAAAGAUAUUAUGGCACUGCUGUAACCAAGAAUGGCUGGAAGCAAACAAGUAAGUUGCUGUUGAUAAUAACUCAUGUUUUGUUAGUUUGAAGCUUUCCUAUACCUUAUCACUGAACAAAAUAUUGUUUUAGAGACAAUAAUAAAGAUUUGGUCAAAACUCAACGAGCCAAGUCUUUGUUUAACCUGGUCCACAACUACAGAACAGCCGGACUGAUAAAGGAUAUGGAACAUCAUUUGUGCGAUCAAGGCGUGAGGUCGGGCAAGAAGUACCUCAUCUGCUGCAUGAAUACCAAACGAAAAUAUUCAGAGGCCAGAGUCCCCUUUAUGUCAGGUAUGUUUCAGUUUGGAUGUUUUUGAGAAUAUAAUACUAAAAAUUUUAAAAAAAGUCGAAGGUUAUGUCAGAGAACGGUGUAGUUGAGUAUUUUACGAUCUUUUUGACUUUGAAUCUUUAUUAUCACUUGUAUUUAUAUUAGAAUCGAAAAUUGUUCAUUAGAUAGAGAUAUAGUUAUUUGAUUUCAGCCCACAUCAUCCCUGACACUGAGAUUGGGAAGACUUUCUUGACCAACCACUGCGAGCUGAUAACGCCAGAAGCUCUCAAAAACAGUAUUUUUAUUUUGUAA